UGUUCAUGUCCAACUAAGAUUCAGUAGCCGUUUCUGCUAUAUACUUUUCCAGGCACCCACCUUUUUCUUUCUCCAGUUCCACAGUGAGAAUCAGCCAUUUUUGCUUCUGGGUUUCUUCCUGUUUACACUUCAAUCAGAUUGUCCAAGAUGUUCUAUUUUUUCUGAUUGUGGUGAUGUGGGUAUCUUCAAAGAAAGCUUUUAAUUUCUUUUAGAAAGAAAAAGUGUUUGGUGAUCAAAGCUAAAGUUCAUGCUUGGGAGGGAACAGUUUCAAAACGAUUUUCAGCUACAGCCAUCUUCAACAGUUCAAAUUCAAAUCUCUAUGAAUUAAAGCUGCAGGUUUUUGAGGAAUUAGGCCACAAGUUUUCAACUACCAUGGACAAUUCAUUGAACUCUGAUGAAAGUUAUGAUCUGGGAUAUCAACCUUCACCUUCUUCUAUGGAUCAAUCAGUAGCAGAAACUUCAACAAUGAGUAGUGAUUCAUUUUUGUACCGCCGGACUAAUUCUGAUGUCUCGGCUUUCUCUGGGUCAGUAGGUGACAGCAGCUAUUCUGGUGAAGCUUCUCCUUCUUGCUGGCCAAAUGUGAAAUCCAACCUCAGUAACCAAACUGUCCUCAGCAGACUAGGAAUGAAGAAACACAUGAAUCUCACAGACGAUAAACUUGAAGAUCUUGAAGCUGUGGAUUUAGAACUAGAGUUGAUGAAAGAAAGAUUUGCAAAGCUCUUGUUGGGUGAAGACAUGUCAGGGAGUGGGAAAGGUGUAUGCACAGCUGUUACAAUUUCAAAUUCUAUUACCAACCUCUAUGCCACUAUUUUUGGGGCAAAUCUGAGGUUAGAGCCUUUGAAUCCUGAGAAGAAGGCAAUGUGGAGAAGGGAAAUGGAUUGUCUUUUAUCCGUUUGUGAUUACAUAGUAGACCUCACUCCAGUAUCCCAAACUUUACCAAAUGGGACAUCUGUGGAGAUGAUGACAAGCAGACCAAGAUCUGAUAUUUAUAUCAACCUUCCAGCUUUAAAAAAGCUUGAUGCAAUGCUCAUUGAAGUGCUUGAUAGUUUUCAACAGACAGAGUUUUGGUAUGCAGAACAAGGGAGCAUUUCAUCAAAGUCAACUACAUCUGCAUCAGCAUCAGGAUCGUUUCGAAGGAUUAGUGUGCAGCGGAAUGAGGAGAAAUGGUGGGUGCCGGUUCCAUGUGUUCCUCCAGGUGGCCUCUCUGAGAAGUCAAGGAAGCAUUUGAGACACAAGCGCGACAGUUCUAAUCAAAUUCACAAAGCAGCUAUGGCAAUCAACAGCAGCAUUCUUUCUGAGAUGGAAAUCCCAGAGUCAUACAUGGCAGGUCUUCCAAAGAGUGGAAAAGCUUGCUUGGGAGAUUCGAUUUACCGCUACACGUGUACCUCAGAGAAGUUCUCCCCAGAGUAUCUUCUAGACUGUCUCAACAUAGCUUCUGAACAUGAAGCACUUGAACUUGCAGAUAGAGUUGAAUCUUCAAUGUACACAUGGAGACGUAAAGCAUGCAUGAGUAAUUCAAAGUCUUCAUGGGUGAUGGUAAAGGAUCUAAUGUCAGAGACAGACAAGAAUGACAAAAACCAUGUCCUAGCAGAAAGAGCAGAGAGCUUGUUGUUCUCUUUGAAGCAGAGAUAUCCUGAGCUCUCUCAGACAUCCUUGGACACAUGCAAGAUUCAAUACAACAAGGAUGUGGGGCAAGCAGUACUAGAGAGCUACUCAAGAGUGUUGGAAAGUUUUGCAUACAACAUUGUUGCUUGGAUUGAAGAUGUAAUUCAUGUGGACAGAUCGAUGAGAAACCACGACCAAUAGAGAGCAAAUCAGUUUCAAGCACUUCUCAAACAAAUUUUGAGACAUUAACUUAUUCCUAUGUAUGAAGCUAGUUAGUUCUUAUAAAAGGGUAUUAGUCCACAUUUCGCAUCUACGAAUUUCAAGAAAUGACUUUGUACAGUAGUAUCCAGUAGAACAGAGCAGAAUUUUUUUUUUCAAAGCAGUGAAUUUAUUAACCUCUUGUUACAUUUAUUUAUACAUA